AUGCUCGUCAUUGUUGGCUCGACCAAUCCAGUUAAAGUUGGCUGCACCAAAGAAGCCUUUAUCAAAGUCUAUCCAGACAACACGUCCAUAGAAUUUCGUUCUCUCUCUGUUCCAUCUGGUGUUGAUGCCCAACCAAAAUCCAACAAGGAAACUCUUCACGGAGCCACAACAAGAGCACUCAAUGUACAGAAAGCCUUUCUCGAGCAAGAAACAUCAUCUACUGAUGUAGCCACCCACACUGAUGGUAUCUAUUUUGUUGGUAUCGAGGGAGGAAUAGAAUUUGAGAGUGAGACUCGAGUUGCUUCCUCUGCUUUCACUGUUGUUGUUGAAAACAAGACUGGUUAUGUAUCAUCGGCACAAACAUCGAGCUUUUAUUUACCACCAGAGAUUAUUCUUCUCAUCAAGGAGGGCAAGGAAUUGGGAGAAGCUAAUGAUAUUGUCUUUAAAAAGCACAAUUCAAAGCAACAAACAGGUGCUGUAGGGUUGUUGACGAGAGAGAUUGUUACGAGAGCUGCCUAUUACGAACAGGCUCUUGUGUUGGCUUUGAUUCCAUUCAAUAAUAGAGAGAUGUAUCAAUUGGAUAAUUGA